UCAGGUUCUACUCGAAAUGUAAGGGUUGGAACUUCAUGAUGAAGGGCAAAACGGUGCUAAGCCUAUUGUCAUAUUCUGUCCUAGGGCGUCUGAAGGCUGAAGGUGGCAGCGCCAGUACCGAGGCACAUUGCACAGCCAAUUGUUUGCAAGAUCCGGAUUCCAAGCGGAGACAUAGCUGAUCUCGGCAUGGAAAGCGCCAAUGCGAGGCGCUGAUCGGAGAAUUCGGCGGAGAAACCAAAGCUAUCAUGUCGUCUAUUUGGGAAACUUGCAGACAGGCUUCUGGGCCGGCUCAGGGGCUGCAUGUUGACAGGAAGCCAUCUCCACAUUUGAACGUCGCAUGGUCACCGGAAGCUUUGCACUCAUGUCAGAUCUAUAAUACAAGCAGGAGGUUGCAGAAAAGCUGGUCGCUGGUAGAAAGGAGGGCCCGAUGCAGGACUCUUGAGAAGGGCCUGCAUUCAGGUAUAGGAAAAAGAUCAGGGCAUGGAGGUGUGUGCUGUUCAAGCAGAAAGUCCUCUGAUCAAGUGGUGGAGGCGCCGGAAAAAGAUCUUACAGGGGGCAACCCAAUAAAAGAGGUUGACGAAAAAGCAGGUCAGGUACUUGCUGUCAACCAGAGUGAUAGAAUCGAUGAAACUGAUCAGCGCAGCCUGGGGACAUCUGGUGGCCGCGUUAGUGGUACAGACAAUGAAAGCGCUCUGUCACCAGCCUCCACUUCAGGGUCAAAUGGCUGGCGGGAAGCUUCAAGCGAAACCGCUCUUUUCUCUAGCCUUCGGGAGAUAGGGGAAACCUUGCUGCUCAUCUCACCUUUCUUUUUCUGGGGCACGGCGAUGGUCGCUAUGAAAGAGGUGCUGCCGAAAGCAGGCCCCCUGUUCGUAGCGGCCACAAGGUUGCUGCCGGCAGGGGGGAUGCUGAUCGGGUUUACGAUGUUGAAAGGAAAGUCUAAUCCGAGCACAGCCAUGGCCUGGCUAGCGGUGGCGCUGUUUGCUCUUGUAGACGGUACCAUGUUCCAGGGAUUCUUGGCACAAGGCCUGAGUCGAACAUCCGCUGGUCUUGGCAGUGUCAUCAUCGAUUCCCAGCCCCUUACGGUGGCCCUGCUAGCCGCUCUUUUGUUUGGGGAGACGAUUGGCCCGCUUGGAGCGCUGGGCUUGGCGACCGGGGUUUUGGGGCUCUGCCUUUUAGAGGUACCCGAGGACACCCUCUUCUCGUUGCUCCGCUUCGAGUGGCUGUCCGCGCCCUCGGAGGUAUCUCAAAGCCUUUCUUCGUUAAACCCCGGGGGUUUGUGGGAGAGCGGGGAGUGGUGGAUGCUCCUGGCCGCGCAGAGCAUGGCCGUUGGGACGGUCAUGGUGCGAUGGGUCUCUAAGUACGUGGACCCAGUAGUCGCCACAGGCUGGCACAUGCUCCUCGGAGGCAUCCCGUUGCUGCUGCUGUCAGUUUCCGCACACGAGCCUGCGGUGUCGGGCCACUUUUCGGAUCUGGACUCGCAUGACUUCCUCGCGCUGCUGUACACGUCGGUCUUCGGCUGCGCUGUCAGCUACGGGGUCUUCUUCUACAACGCAAGCAGAGGCAAUCUGACGAAGCUCAGCUCCUUAACCUUCCUGACGCCGAUGUUUGCUGCAUUCUUCGGGUACCUAUAUUUGGACGAGACACUUACGCAAAUUCAGCUGGGGGGGGCUGCGGUAACCCUGGUUGGUAUAUACUUGGUGAACUUCAGAAGCUUAGCAGACUCGUUAGCGUCCACAAAGGACGAACUUUGAUAGAUUGAUAACCAACACAUUGCUGGACGAUGCGCUUGCUCAGCUAUCUAUAGCAGCCUUUUGACACUUGACGGAUCCGAGAUAUUCAUUCCAGCCGGCCCCUCCUACAUGAUUGUUACCCAACCCUGUCAAGCGCCUGCAGCACGCAGCUUGCUGUAGCGUGCAUAUGCUCAUUUUAGACAGACCGUGGCCGUCGACUUUGGCCGUUCACAUGGAAGAUAAUAUUGCUG